UAGCCCUGGAACGCUGGGAAGUGCCACCCGGAAGGCUUGCCUGGGCCCACGCGCCAGUGCCUGGACCAAGUGAGACCCAGGGCUGGGGGUGGGGAAUCUGCCAUUCCUGCUCUGCUCUCCCUCAUGCAGAUUGGGCUCGUCAACUGGACGGGGGGGUAUCUCACCUGCGAGUGCUAUGGGGAUGGUGUCAGUGUCUUGGGGAGCUCGCUGGGAAAGAAACAGACCUGGAAGCUGAGGGUGACCACAGAGCAAGGGAAGCAGGACGUGGUGGCACUGGUUGGGCAUCAAGGGCAGCACCUCCUGGUGGAAACAGAUGGUACGGUGCGUUGUGGACGGCCGGUGGCCAAGAAGCAGAGCCGGUUUCUGCUGGAGGUCCAUCCGAGUGGGGCCUGGACCCUCCAGCAGCUGGAGAGCCAGAAGUUCCUGGAGUCUGAUGGUGAGGACGUGUUCUGCGUGGCCCGAGGCCUGACCGCUCACCACCUGUGGAUGCCCCAGCUGGCCGAGCACGUGCACGUAGUCCUCUUCAACCCCAGCAGCCAGCUCUAUGCUCGGACUGACCCGGAACUGAAUCGGGUCUGGGUGGAUGCGCCCGUGCCCUAUCUGGAAGAAUGUGGCUUCCUCCUGCGGUUCAAAAAGGGGACCUGCCACUUGGAGACCUCCACCCAUAAGUUUGUCUCCAGAGCAGAGAAGCUGGCCACGAUGCCUUCCACGGAGACGGCCUUUCACCUGAACCUGAAGCCUGGCUGCCUGGCCUUCCUCACGGACAUGGAGGGUCAUGUCUUAUACCCGCAGGGCAGCCGGGGGCUCCUCUGUCUUGGAGACUACCCAGAGGAGCAUGAGGAGUGGUUUGUCAUCAAGCGGUGCCCACUGUGGGUCAGUCUGAGAACGAGAGCCAAUAGAUUCAUCAGCAUCAUUUCUGAUUCCGAAGUCUACGCUGGUCCUAAGAAGCUGAGCCCAAUGUCCACGUUCCUCUUUGAAAUGGACUCCAACACCCAAACGGUGCAGUUAAAAGGUGUCCAUCACAAGUACCUGGCUCAGAGACCCUUCCGGUGCGUGCUGGCCAACGGGGCGGCCAAGGAGGCAGAGACCAGGUUCCAGGUCCUCUGGCAUCAUGGGAGGGUCUUCCUGAGAGCUCCUGGGGGCCGCUACCUGGGGACCCUGCCAGUGGGGCUGCUGGUAGCUCGAGCCACACACCCAGGGCCUAAUGAAGAGUUUGUGCUGCGCUUUGCCAAUCGGUCCUUCUUGGUGCUGCGUGGGUACUACGGCUACGUGGGCAGCUCCCCCUGCCGAGAGACCCUGCAGGGCAACCUUUUGGAGCCAGAGCCUGUGGAGAUCCUGCCUUGCAAACACGGCGUCUACCACCUCCAAAGCCGAGGAAAAAGCUUUUGGUCCCUGACCCCAGAAAGGACCUUCAGUCCGUGGGGGAAGUUUGCCUUGAACUUCUACCUGGAGAUCCAGGGGAACAACCUGCUGGCCAUCAUAGCCCCCAAUGGCUACUACGUGCGUGGAGACCGGGAUGGUUGUCUGGUGGCUGACAGUGAGGAGAUUGCCCGCGACUGCCUUUGGGAGUUCUAGCCUAGGAAAGGCCUUGUCUGAAAGAAGUGCCCUGGCCGAGCGGCUGUCUGGACACAGUCUAGGGUACUCGGCCA